AUGGAUAAAAAAAUUUUUGAAUUUGUCGCGAAGAGAGAUACCACCAACCUUGAAUCUUACCUCGAUGGUAUCGACGUGGAAUUAAAGAAACGGACAUCUGUGAGAUUCCGGAAGAUCCUUAUCAAAUCGAUAAUGAAAAAUUGGAGAGGAUGGAGACUACUUUCGAGGAUGCUGGCUGAAUUUGUGAGGCAGCAAUUAAAUGAUGAUAAGAGUCUUUAUGAUGAGCAGAAAGGUUGCUUUCCGUUAAUUUGCGCGGUGUUCAGAGGAUCAGCGUUUGAGGAGCUAAGGAGCGAGGAAAAACAGAUUGAAAUUGAAAAAUUAAGGGAUCGAAGACGCGUAAUGAUAAUGAUGGAAAUUGUAAAAUGGUUGAGCGAAAAGGGGAACGAGACAACCUCACUUUUUGAUAAGCUGGCUUCGGACUUGGUUGGUCAAUGUAUAAAUGAGAUGUCGGUUGGGUCUUGUAAUUCGCCCAUCGUGAUCGAAUCAUUUGUGGAAGCUACAAAAAUCAUCAUUCGAAGACUGCAAAGCCUGAAACCCAUACACGGAAAAUUAUUCGCGUUUCUACCAAUGUUUUUGUCUACUUUUGAUACAUUGCCUGAGGUGAACGAACCGCCGUCGGAUAAUUCUAGUUCUUGCAUCUCGAUGUCGGGUCCCGACUACAAAGAUUACAUACUGAAUAAAAUUUGUUCAAUCAAAUGGAAUCCGAGUAAUGUUCUGAGUUUGACCGGAGAAUUCCGAGAUAUUGUCAUGACCAAUGAACAGCUAAAAUUCAUAGUCGAAAAGAUUAUGAGGCAGUUUGAUUUGAUGGAUGUGAAUGGGAUGCCACCAUUAAUUUAUCAAAUGCUCUUGCUCUCUAGAAAG